AUGCGUCACUUAGUUCAAAACUUCCACAGAUCGAUUUGUUUUUGCUUGAAAAUGUCGAAUAAUAAAUGGGUCGCAGAUCUGAAAACUGUACUUCAAGUCGCUAAAGCUCGACUCGAUGUAAAGGAAAAGAAAAAAACUGAACAAGUUGCUAAAGAGCGCUACACCGUCGCUGAUUAUAUACGAAAUAACAAAACACCACGAGCACGAAUCGCUGUCGAGCACCUUGUUCGAGAAGAUUACAAAAUUGAAGCUAUGGAUCGAGUUGAAGCAUAUGUCGACACACUUCUCAUGAGAAUGCAAUUGAUCAAAGAUCGUCCGAAGAACGGAGCUGUUGACCCAGCGAUUGAACAGCCAUUAGCAAAUAUCCUAUGGGCAGCACCGUUUCUCACACAGGAUAUACCUGAAUUAGGUCAAGUGACACUAAUGUUUAAAAAACACUUCGGGCAAGAAUAUGUAGGAAUGUGCGAACAGAAUAAACUCGGAAUGGUUGACGUUGAUUUAUUACGAUGUUUAAGCUGUGAUCUGAUACCAAAAUUACUUAUUGAAAAGUAUUUAGUCGAAAUCUGUCGAAGUCAAAAUGUUGCCUUUGAACCCGAUCCAACUAUCAUGGCUCAAGAUGAAUUUUGGGCUAUAGGCCAACGAUAUGUUCAAUAUCCACCUGUUAAUGACGAAAAACGACCGCCACCACCUCCAUCAAGUGGUGGGACUUCAUCCACAGGUGGAAGUGGAGGAGGCGUUGUUCAGUACCCAAAUUAUGCCGCAGCUCAACCGAGUGCACCUGAGUUUGAAAAACCUCCUCCAACAUAUUCAGCACAGCAACCACAAUAUCCCAACAUCAACUAUGGCCCAUCGAUUCCACCACCGCCUCCGUCAGCAUCAUCCAAUGCACCUCGUAUUGGUUUCAACGUGAAUGACGACGCAAAAAUGCCAUUCAAUGAUCCAUUUCCACAAGUGCCUACUGGUCAUGAUCGUUAUUCACCACCGCCACCUUCAGCAGGAAACGACGGUUCCACGCAAAUAAAACCUGAGUUCUGCUCUUCUAUUUAUACUUUUGACAAACAACACAGCGUCUUUUUUUUACUAAACACUACAUGGAAUUAUUCAAGCGCUCUGUCACAAUUUCUAAUUCUCACUUGUUUACAUAAAAAAAGAGCGAAUUCCACAUUCAUGUGUUGUCAAAAAUUGAGUGAGAAAAAGAAACUUUCAAGUGAAGACAAAAUGGAAGUAACACCUUAUACAGAAGCGGAGUAUUCUCUAGUUAGAACCAAUGGAAGUGCCCAACGGUUGCCUCCGAUUCAUUCAGCAGAGUCAGGAUCACGAAAUGAUAAUUUGCCAUCCUAUGUAAUUAAUAAUACCCGUUACGUUUUACAACCAUCCAAUGUUAUUCGGGACGCUGCUGAUCACCAAGUUGGUCAACUUGAUUCUUGGCCAGCGAAUGCUAGUGGCGGAAGCGGUGCUCACCGAGGUUUAGCAUUGACUACUCAAGGUCGUUUAGUACCUGUCGGAGCGAAUCUACGUGGGAAAUUAGAUUCAACACCUAAACCUCGAUUCCUUGCAAUCAUUGAAGAAUAUUUAUACAGUGAAUUGAAAGCGCUCGGUGUCGAAGAACCAGUAGCAAACGAUGCACGUUUACAAGUGUUUCGUGAAGUUUUUUCUGCAGUUAUUGAUGAUUUCAAAACGUAUCGUCCACUUUUAUCCAUGAUCAAAAACGAGUACGAGAUGAUGCUCGUACAUCUCAAUGAUAAAGUUCACGAAUUGGAACCACUUCGCCACCGACUGGUUCUUCUCAGCGAUGAGUGCGAUAAGAAGUUAAUGCAAUUUCGUAAAGAAGAACGAGACGAUAUGGCUUUGUUGAAGGAAGAAAAGAAACGUUUACAACAAAUGAUUCGUCAUUUAACAAAUCAAAAUCAAAAUCUUGAAGCAAACAUCCAACGAUUACAAGAAGAAGUUUCCAAUCAAUACGAACUCUACCGCAAAGAACUUGAUUCGAGAAAAUUGCUAAUCAAUGAUGCAAAUGAUCUUCGUGCUCAGCAAGAAAAACAUACCGAUGUGAAAGAAGCUGUGGAUGAUCAAGGUGCAAAGAAAGAAGAUACAAUUAUGAUGAAAAUUGCCUUGAGACAAGCACGAAAAGAUCUUGAUAUUGCACUAGCAAAAAUUACUUACAUGGAAGCGAAUUAUAAUGAUGUCGUUCCUCGACGAGAUUUUGUUGCAUUAGAAGUUAAAUCGAAUGAAUAUCUGGAACGAAUAAAAGAAUUUCAAGAACUCAUCGAUAACCAAACAAGAGAUAUCGAACAACUUCGCACACAAAAUGAAAAUCUUCGAGAAGACAUUCAAAGUCUUCAACGAGAAAAGGAUGAAUUAAACAUGAAGAACGAAAAUAUUCACGAAGGCAUGACACCACGUCCGGCAUGGCAUUUGGCAGGAGAAGUUAUCGAUGGUGGUGCCGAACGAUGGCAAGAUAUCGCUACGAAUAAAACGAGUCAAGAAAAACUCGUCGCUUUACUCAAUGAAUUUACUGGUGGGAACGACGAGAAUGGCAAUCAGACAUCGAGCAAUGCCGUACCAGAUCAACUGUCUCCUCGUGGUGAAGGCGAACAAGUUCCAUUUCAUCUACGUUCAACAAAAUCAGUGAAGAACCGACGAUUAACACGACGCGAUGUUGCUGUUCUUAUUCAAGAAAUUUGGACAGAACGUCGUUCAUCGAAUAAUCAAGAAGGUCGCACGAAAACACUAUCAGAGUUUGUCUAUGAAUAUCUUCGAAAUCGAUACGGGAAUCACAAUACUGCUAUUGAAAUGGGUUACAAUCUUGACUAUGCAUGCAAGCGUUUCAAACAUAAUGAAAAUUGCCAAUUAUUCUCGCAAAUCUUAUCGGGAGAGGCGGACGAAGCUAUUUAUCAUACUACAAAGAACCUUAUUGAACAGUUAGCAGAACGAGUUAUAAAAGAAAGUGAAACACAUCCCAAUGGUUCUGUAACAAUCGAACAAUUUACAGAAAUGUUGAAGAAAUAUUUACCGGAUAAAUCCUCAAGUGAUAUCACAGAAUUGGUUGCUGCUGCUGAAAAAGAGCAGCCAUCGGAAGAACAAAUUGCGCUAGCUAAACUGUUUUCUGUGGAUGACGAAGACAACUACGGUGAAUUCAUACGUCUUUUAAAACGACAAUUAAAUCAAGAUAAACAAAGAUACAUUCAUGAUGUUCAAGAGAAAAUCGAAAAUUCAAAUUCAGUGAAUGCUAAAGAUAUGGAACAAGCUAUUCGUGCUGUAAAUCCUCACAUUCGACACAACGAUCUAGUUCACAUUGUACAAUGGAUAUUCGAAGCCAAAGAUGGUAGUCAAGUUCCAUCAAUGAAUGUUCGCGACGUUCUUCAACGCCUUCAAAACGGUGUCUUCUACCGGCAACACACCUUAUCAUCCUAA